AUGGAAAUCCCUGAUCAAGACUUCUAAAAAUUUCUUAUUGUGAAUGUGUAAUGCUUAUUUAAAGAUAAAAUUGAAAAGCAGCUCAUGAUUGAUGUUGCUUAUCUUACUUAUGAUAAAUUUAUCAGAAAGAUUUUAAGAAAUGUUCAUAUUCCUGUAAUAAACCAGCCAAAUUCCAUAAUGAAAAUAGAGCAUAUGGGGAUACCAAUAACUAUAAAUAAUGACUAUGACCUUUAGUUUAUUAUCAGAAGUAUACUUUUAAACAAUGAAAGUAUUAACGUCACUCUUACAUUUACACAGAAUACUUAUUAAAUUAAAUAGAAGAUUGUUUUUAACGAAGAAGGAGAAAAAAUGAAUGAAGAAUUUGGCUUAAAUGAGCCAAGUGAUCCAAGAUAUGUUAAACCAAAAAAGAAUGUAAAAUAAAUUUCAAUAGAAAAAGUAAACAGGUCUUAUUCAGCUGUUUAAACCUCUAAAAUUGAAGAAGAUGAUGAUGAAGAUGAAGUAUUUUGCGCUUUUUGCAAAGAAAGUGUUAAUAAUUUAGAAUAUAUAAAAAAAUUGGGGUGGUUUUAUGGUCCUUAUAAGCACAAGAAAAACACAUAUUAUGUGCAUUUAAUGUGCGCUAUAUGGAGUCCAGCAGUUUAUCUUGAUGAGAAAACAAAUAAAAUGAUAAAUAUAAAAAAGGAAAUUAUCAGAUCUAACAAAUGUUUAUGCAAAUACUGUGGAAGCUUUGGUGGUGGGUUAGGAUGUAAAGUAAAUGAUUGCAAAUAAACUUUCCAUUUUAAAUGUGCUUUAAGCGACGAUAUUGAUGUAAGACUAGACCAUAUAAAAUUUGAGCUUUACUGUCCUAAUCAUGGCCACAUAUUAGAUUAAAAAAUAUAAGAUGAGCUAGAAAAAGUACAUUGCGAGGAAUGCCAAGUGGAUGAAAAUGAAGAAUUGAUUCUUUUAUGUGAUAACUGCGACAAAGCUUUUCACACAUAUUGCUUAUAAAAUAAGCUUAGUUCUGUUCCUGAGGGAGACUGGUUUUGUCCAGAGUGUUUGGAAAAAAAUCCUAGACUAAAUAUCCAUCAUCCUCCUCCUCCUUAGCUUCCUAUUUCUAUUCAAACUUAAGAAGUGUAAAAUGAAAUUUAAUAAGUAAACUCUUAAUUAAAAAAAGGUCUUUCAUAAAAUUCUUAAAAAAUAAAUUCUCAUAUUAACGAAGUAUUAAAAGAAGAUAGUCUUGAGGAUCAAUUCUUAGUUAACGACUUAUAAAACUUUAAAUCUUAAAAAAACUAGCAAUUAAUUUUAAAUAAGACUGAUAUUUAAAUAAAUGAAAAUAUAUCAGAAAAUUUAUGGGAUUUACCACAAUCCCCGAUAGAAAAAAAAAGUUUAUCUACAAAAUAAAACAAUUUAUUUGAUAUUCAAAAUUGA